ACCACGUAUAAUUCUAAACCAGAGAAGACCCGUGUGUGUAAUAAUACACACUGUCACACAGUGGAACCCCGAUCAAAGCCAGGUUUUCGCGUCUUGUCGGUCUUGAAGCUUCAAUAGUCGGCGACGAUACACUGAUUCUCUCUAUUCUUUCAAUUUUCUAAGCCCUUGCAAUAGUUAUUUCUAUAUUUUCCAGUGAAGCAGUAAUUGCUUAUUAUAGUUUGAUAGAAGAAACAGAAAAAGCUGAGGAAUGGCGAUAGCUGGUCCAGGUCAACUCAACAUCGCUGAAUCCCCUUCUUGGGGAUCUAGAAGUGUCGAUUGUUUCGAGAAGCUGGAACAGAUUGGCGAAGGAACUUAUGGUCAGGUGUACAUGGCAAGAGAAAUUAAAACAGGGGAAAUUGUUGCUUUGAAGAAAAUUCGAAUGGACAAUGAAAGAGAAGGGUUCCCUAUAACAGCCAUACGUGAAAUCAAAAUUUUGAAGAAAUUGCAUCAUGAGAAUGUAAUUAAGCUGAAAGAGAUUGUAACUUCUCCAGGUCCUGAGAGGGAUGAUCAAGGGAGAUCAGAUGGUAAUAAGUACAAGGGCGGCAUAUACAUGGUUUUUGAAUACAUGGACCAUGAUUUGACUGGGCUCGCUGAUCGUCCAGGGAUGAGAUUUUCAGUUCCGCAGAUUAAGUGCUACAUGAGACAACUUCUGACAGGGCUUCACUAUUGUCAUGUAAAUCAAGUACUUCACCGCGAUAUCAAAGGGUCUAAUCUUCUAAUAGACAACGAGGGAAAUUUGAAGCUUGCAGAUUUUGGCCUUGCCCGGUCAUUCUCAAACGAUCAUAAUGGGAAUCUUACAAAUCGUGUCAUAACUCUAUGGUACAGACCACCAGAGUUACUUCUUGGGACCACAAAGUAUGGUCCAGCUGUUGAUAUGUGGUCGGUUGGUUGUAUAUUUGCUGAGCUUCUACAUGGAAAACCAAUAUUUCCUGGAAAAGAUGAGCCAGAGCAAUUAAAUAAGAUCUUUGAUCUGUGUGGAACCCCUGACGAGGUUAAUUGGCCUGGGGUUUCUAAGAUUCCUUGGUAUAACAAUUUCAAGCCAACAAGACCAAUGAAGAGACGUCUCAGGGAGGUUUUCAGACACUUUGACAGGCAUGCUUUGGAGUUGCUUGAGAGGAUGCUGACUCUUGAUCCAUCUCAGAGAAUAUCAGCUAAGGAUGCUCUUGAUGCUGAAUAUUUCUGGACUGAUCCAUUACCUUGUGAUCCCAAGAGUUUGCCAAAAUAUGAAUCUUCGCACGAGUUCCAAACGAAGAAAAAGCGCCAGCAGCAGCGGCAACAUGAAGAAACAGCAAAACGUCAGAAACUACAGCACCAACAGCAGCAUGCUCGUCUUCCACCAAUUCAGCAGUCUGGACAAGGACAUGCCCAGAUGCGGCCAGGACCGAACCCACCCAUGCAUGGUUCGCAACCGCCUGUAGCUGCAGGCCUUAGCCACCAUUACGGGAAGCCUCGUGGACCCUCUGGAGGGCCAAGCAGAUACCCUCCAAGUGGAAACCCUACCGGGGGAUACAACCACCCAAAUCGUGGUCAAGGUGGUGGAGGAGGAUACAGCAGUGGGCCAUAUCCACCGCAAGGACGGGGACCCCCAUAUGGUUCUACUGGUAUGGGCGGUGCUGGUCCUCGGGGAGGAGGAGGUGGUAGCGGUUAUGCAGUUAAUGCUCCAAAUUAUCCUCAAGGUGGUCCAUAUGGCGGUUCAGGUGCUGGUCGUGGCAAUAACAUGGCGGGUGGGAACCGAAAUCAACAGUAUGGUUGGCAGCAGUGAUGGAAUUAAUCAUAUGUUACUUCUCGGAUUAUUUGCUUAAGAUGAGAUUGAAUAUUGGUAGGAUUGGAAAAACACAAACAAUUGAUAUAUAUGUAUACUUUUUAUUUCUUGUAGGCAUGCUAAGUUUUGCCCUAAUGGUUAUUGCCAGAAAGAAUGGCUUGUAGGCCUGUGUAAAAUUUGUUUAUGUAGAAGGUUACUCUUGUUGGGGGGAUAUACAAUCUGAGCAUGGUUUAUAUUUUGUAUAUUCA